CUUGCUUCAACAACAAAUCCUUUCAUUCUUUUUAGCUGACCAAUUCUGUUAGAGAUUGGCUGGAUCAUCUUCCCUGCUCCCUAUAUAAACUGGGGGGCCAUUUGCUUUCUGGUUUCUCAGACUUCCCAUCGGUUUCCUCAGACAUCAAAAUGAUUGCAGAUCUCAGGGAGAAGUUUGAGCUUACUGUGAGGCAAGGGGAACCGACGCUAGUUCCUCCGGCAGAAGAGACAGAGAAGGGGUUCUACUUCCUCACCAACCUCGACCAGAACAUUGCAGUCAUAGUUCAGACCAUAUACUGCUUCAAGUCGGAGGAGAAGGGGAAUGAGAUGGCGGCAGAAGUGAUCAAGGACGCGCUGGCGCAGGUCCUCGUUCGCUACUACCCGCUCGCCGGCCGACUGACGAUCAGCAACGAGGGGAAGCUCAUCGUGGAUUGCACCAGGGAAGGCGCGGUGUUCGUCGAGGCUGAAGCAGACUGCAAGAUGGAAGAUGUUGGGGACAUCACAAAGCCUGAUCCCGACACGCUUGGGAAGCUUGUUUAUAGCGUCCCUGGUGCUAAGAACAUACUGGAGAUGCCUCUACUGGCAGCUCAGGUUACUAAGUUCAGUUGCGGGGGAUUCAUCCUUGGGCUAGCCAUGAACCACUGUAUGUUCGACGGGCUUGGUGCAAUGGAGUUUGUGAACUCAUGGGGGGAAACGGCACGAGGCCUACCGAUAUCGGUGCCGCCGUUCAUCGACCGCAGUGUUCUGAGAUCACGUGAUCCUCCUGUCAUCAACUUUCCCCACCGUGAAUUCUCUGAGAUCGAAGACGUCUCUGAUGCCACAACCUUGUACCAAGAAGAAAUGCUGUACCGAUCCUUCUGCUUCGACACCGAGAAGCUGGAGCGCGUCAAGAAAAAGGCCAUGGCGGACGGGACGCUCGACGGGUGCACCACGUUCGAAGCGCUCUCCGGGCUCGUCUGGCGAGCCCGGACGGAGGCGUUGAAGCUGCAGCCGGGGCAGAAGACGAAGCUCCUCUUCGCCGUCGACGGCAGGUCCCGAUUCGACCCCCCGCUGCCGAAAGGCUUCUUCGGCAAUGGCAUCGUCCUCACCAAUUCGCUGUGCACAGCAGGAGAGCUCCUGGGCCGCCCACUGUCCUUUGCUGUUGGACUGGUCCAGGACGCAGUGGGGAUGGUCACCGACGAGUACAUGCGGUCGGCGAUGGAUUACUUCGAGGCGACAAGGGCUCGGCCUUCUCUGACUGCUACUCUUCUGAUCACGACUUGGUCGAGGCUGUCCUUCCACAUCACGGACUUCGGGUGGGGGGAGCCAGUUCAAUCUGGGCCUGUGACUCUACCUGAGAAAGAGGUGAUCUUGUUCCUAUCCCAUGGGAAGGAGAGUAAGAGCAUUAAUGUGCUUCUUGGGCUCCCAAGCUCAGCAAUGGCAAGUUUCCAAAAGCUGAUGGACAUAUAAUAUGGGGAAGAUGAGCCUUUCUUUCAGUUUGAAGUCGCAGUUUGGGAUUGAUAUGACUUGAUUAUACAUUACAUAUCUGUAUGAUGGAUUUGUUGUUGUAAGAACAUGAAAUAAUGCGAUAGGUUAUAAAUCGUUAUUA